UGCUUAAGCACCCUACAUCGUUCGAGUAUUGAAUCGAAAUACCGACAUUCAGAUUUCUCAUGUUGUUUGUGUUUGCUGUACCACCGUUUGACAGUACAGCUACUGGAAGUUGAAAGUGUUGUUAGAGAAAGAAAAUAUGAUGUAAGGAAGUGAAAUUUAUUUCUCUUCGUUGCUGGGUAGAUUCCAUAGUGUUGAGUACGUACAUAGCCGCUUACGACACUGUGAUUUUGAAUGAAACAUCUGGGUCCAGUCACCUCGAAACUAGUCACUGAGACUUUAACAUAUAAGGUAAACAUAUUCUGAUACGGAAUGAGUGAAGCUUUGAUCAGCAAGACAAUAUUGCAUGCUGGCAGCAAGUGCGUCACCUUCGAAAAAGGGACAAAGGUGGUGUUUCAUUUUCAAACCAGAAGAGCAGGAGAUGAAUCUCAGGUUUUGGACGAUAGUAGAAGUAUGGGCAAGCCAAUGGAACUGGUUCUCGGCAAAGGGUUUAAGCUAGAAGUUUGGGAAACUGCAGUAAAAAUGAUGGCGAUACAUGAAGUUGCAAAGUUCAAAGUUGACAAAAGUCUGCUUCCUGCCUAUCCAUUUGUGUCGAAAACUCUGCGGGAGUCUCUGAAACCACAUAAGGAAAGGUCCCACCACUGCUGUGCUGUUACACUGCAAAAUGAGGGGACAGGCUAUGAAGACCUGAACCAGCUCAUCAAGGAGCCCUGUGACCUGGAGUUCAUUAUAGAGCUAAUUAAAGUUGAAGGUCCAGAAGAGUACAAGAAAGAAUCUUGGCAAAUGAAUGCAGAUGAGAAACUUUCUGCUGUUCCGAAGUUACGUGAGAAAGGAAAUCAGUUAUACAAGGAGAAGAAUUUUGAUGAAGCAGCAGGCCUUUAUGCCGAGGCCCUUGGCCUGCUGGAGCAGCUAAUGCUAAAUGAAAAACCUGGUGAUGAAGAAUGGAAUGAGCUUAAUAAGAUGAAAAUACCACUGCUGUUAAAUUAUUCACAGUGCAAGUUGUACAAAAGAGAAUAUUAUCAAGUGAUUGAACACUGCAGCACAGUUCUAAAGGAUGAUCCAGGGAAUGUGAAAGCUUUAUUUAGAAGAGCAAAAGCUAAUGUUGGAGCAUGGAAGCCUUUCGAAGCAAGAGCUGAUUUUCAGAGAGUCAUAGAAUUAGAUCCAUCCUUAACUUCGACUGUGAGGAAAGAACUGAAGUUACUGGAUGAAUUGGAACGCAUAAAGAAUGAAGAAGACAGAGCAAAACUGAAAGGAAAGAUAUUUUAAUGUAUUCGUUUAUUAAUGUUUGACAAUUAAGCUCAUCCUACACUGUUUUUAAAAUACUACUUCUACUGUUACAAUAUACAGUACUUUCAAAACAUUACUGUGUUGGUAGGCCAUUUAACUAAUUCAUUUUGCUUGAUUUUCAAAUCUGCCUUUGUCAUGUGAAAGUUAGUGACACAAAAACAUAUGGUUUAAUUUCAAGUAGAAUGUACAGAAUGACCAUCAAAAUAAUAAUACUGCCAACAAUUUGUAGUCAGGUAGGGUUGCCUUAACUCAGUUAUUUACAGCUUCAUUCUCAUGUUUAAAUAAACUGAAAGAAAUCUCUUCAGUAAUCUCACUGUCACUGUUUUGUAGUUAAGAGGAACUCAUUUAGCAUAUAUUGGUGUUCACUGUUUCAAAUUCUGAGCCAAAGUAGCAGCAAAUUUGGGCUAUAUUGCUCAUUAUUGUCAUUUUCAUUAAUAAUGGGUAUUUUUAUACUCUUAGGCCAAAGAAACAUCAGAUAUUAAGUAAUUUUGGUAACAAAGGAAGCAAAUAUAGUGUUAGGCCAGGGAAUAGGGAUUUAUUUCAAAGAGCAUUUUAUACUGAGCAAAUUCUUAGGAAAACAAAAAAUAAAAAAGUCGGUAGGCAGUCUUACAUACAGCAUGUACUAGAGACAUGACUGCCACAAGUAAAUGAAAUAAAGGACUGUAUAGAAAUAUUUAAACAGAAGAGUAGGAGAUGCUCCUGAACCUACAGUGCAAUGUAUUGUCUAACUUGGGCUCUUGGAAAUAUCUUCUCGGAAAGUAGCUUCGGUGAAAUUUCCUGUCUUCCAACACAUGACUAGGAAUGUAUCAGUGUAUCUUUCUUCUGCAGUCAUUGCUGCCAUUAUUGACAAAAAUGGAGCAGACAUAGCUCCAUUAAUACAAGUCAAAUUCAAGAUGAACAGUGCCUGAAUUGUAAGAAAUGAAAUAUUCAUUCCAGUGGGAAGUGUGUUCUGUGCCAUGUUGUUGCAGAACUAGAGUAAGAAAGUAGUUCAAGAAAGGCAAAAACUAGUAUUGAACUCUUGUCUUCGUCUGACCAGCAGUACAAUGUACAAUAUCUCAGACAACUGUUACUGCAGUAAGAAAGCAGAAAAAUGUAUUGUGUGAGUCAAAUAACUUACUAUUAUGUAAUUUGAAGGUGAUUUAUUAUCUAAGAUACUAGAAGAGAGACAUUAACGUGUAAAUAUGAUUUGCUGGCACAGAAUGAUUUUUAAAAAAAUGUAUUUUCAAGCUCUACUCACAACCAGAAAAAAGCUUAAACAUUUUCCUUGAAGCACACCUAAGAGCAAUUGCAAUCCUGAUAACUCCACUCUAUUCAACAAAAAGUGUGAAAUGCAUGAGAAAAACAGUGAAAAAUGGUAUUCUGUGAAUGAAGUGCAAUACUGUACACAACUAACUAUGAACUUAAUAUUCAUCUGUCUGUGAUAGAAAAUACGCAAGUCAUCUAGAUCAAAAGUGCACAGUGUACCACCCCAUUAACACGAGAACUAUGUAUAUCGAUAAUUCUGCAUGUGUAAAUGAAUAUUCAUCGAUAUUGGAAGAACUGAGUACUGAAGACAUAUUUCUAAGCAAAGGUUAUCACUAUCGAAAUAAAUAAGUAAUAAAUCUACCAGGGAAGACAUAUAAAAAGUGCUGUCACCAGUCUCAAUUCUCUUCAAAAAACCUUGUCCUCCCACACAGUAGCAUGAAGGAAGUCUUAAGGCAGAGCCCAUUUGUUUGGAUUUGUGGAUCUCUAUGAGCAAUUUUGGUACCCACUGAGGCAGAAUUUUUGGUAGCAUAAUGUAUCCGUGACCCCCUCAUACAAAACUAUUAAAGAUAUUUGCAGGAAUUGGUCAGGCAAGUUCAGAGAUGGUGUCACCUGUUCCAUCAAUUUUUGUUUGUUCUCUCACUUUAAAAAAAAUUGGAUCCAUUGCCACACAACAUUGUCACUCAUAAAGUCCCCGUCAUAUAAAAUAAACAACUGAUGAUGAAUGUAUGAUGCUGAAAAGUUUUGCACUGAAAUAAACCUUAUUACUGCUCGCUUUUUGUGGGAUAUUUUUAUUAUGAUACUCAUGUUUUGAGGUCAUAACAACUGAAUGUGCAAAAGAAUAAGGUUCAUACUUCCACAGCUAGAAUCGGAGAACCUACAGAUGUGACAAUGGCUGCGCUCUACACACAAAUUGUAGCAUCAUGCUGGAAUGGUGGUUACUUUCCUAACCAUCUGCAUACUUAAAGAUGUAAGUCUGAAUUAGGUAUGACAUGCAAGAUGCGGCCUCCAUCUUAAUUAUAGAAACUCAAAAUUGAUAAUAUUAAAUAUAUGCAGUUACGAGAAAAACAGUAAAGAGGAACAACAUAAUAAACCUGUGACACCACUAUCAUAAUAAAGUUGAUAAUCAGGAAAACUAAGGAAAUGGACCAGCUCUCUAUUAGAACACUUAUGUGUAAUGUUUUUGAACAAUAAUGUGCAGUCUCUUUAGAAUGCAGUUAUUAAACUUAAGUAUUGACUUCAAAACUUAAACUGCAGUGUGCUUUCAGUAAUGAACACUGACUUUAGCAAUGCAGAACCAAAAUUACGUAUACCAUUUGGUUAUGAAUUGCCCACCCAGUACUGUGUCAAAAAAAUAUUAUGAACCUAAUCUAUGAAGUCAUAGAUGUAAGUGAACUGUGCAUAGAGACAAAAUUUGAAGCUGCGGCCAUAAUGUUGCCAAAAUGUUGCUUCGGUAUACUGCCACCCAAUUCACAAUGAAGGCUUGUUCUUUUAGUUGCUGCAGAGACUAACACACUUGCUACUUAAACACAAAUAGGGACGUGAGAUUUAAAAAUAGAGAUUUAAAAAUAGAAAUGUUCACCAUUUCAUAAAUAUAUAAAGAUCUAUUAACAUCUAUUGCAUAAAUGACAAUCCCACAAGGCAGGCAGCAUGCCUAGAUAAUAUAAUACAUAUUUUUUAUUUAAAUGACUAUACAUUGUGUGAUCACAAGAGGCUUAGACAAACUCUAGCAAGUAAAGUAACUGAAAUUUGCAGUGUACAUAGACAAAUUAAAAGACCAGUUAAUGACUCAAAUCAAACAAUUGAAAAUCCAGGAUGGAAUGUAACAAUACCAGAGCAGGAAAGUUGCUACUCACCAUAUAGCGGAGAUGCUGAGUCGCUAUAGGCACAAUAAAACAAUCCACACAAUUAAAGCUUUUGGCCAUUAAGACCUUUGUAAGCAGUACACACACACACACACACACACACACACACACACACACACACACACACACACACACACACACACACAACUUGCACACACGUCAGCAGUCUCGGAGAGUUGAGACCACACUGCGAACAGCAGCACCAGUACAUGAUGGGAAUGGCGACUGGGUGGGGGUAAGGAGGAGGCUGGGGCGGUGAGGGGGAGGGGUAGUAUGGUGGGAGUGGUGGAAAGGGAAGUGUUGCAGUUUAGACGGAGUGUGGGAGAGAAGCUGCAGAGGGGGGAGAGGGUAAGCAGCGUAAAGGAGAGAAAUAAAAGAAAUUAAAAGACUGGGUGUGGUGGUGAAAUGACGGCUGUGUAGUGCUGGAAUGGGAACGAAGGUUGAGGCCAGGAGGGUUACAGGCACGUAGGAUGUAUUGCAGGGAAAGUUCCCAUCUGCGCAAUUCAGGAAAGCUGGUGCUGGUGAGAAGCAUCCAUAUAGCACAGGUGAUGAAGAAGUUAUUAAGGUGAGGGAUAUCAUGUUUGGCAGAGUGUUCAGCAACUGGAUGGUCCACUUGUUUCUUGGCCACAGUUUGUCUGUGGCCGUUCAUGUGGACAGGCAGCUUGUUGGUUGUCAUGCCUACAUAGAAUGCAGCACAGUGGUUGCAGCUUAGCUUGUAAAUCACAUGACUGGUUUCACAGGUAGCCCUGUGUUUGAUGGGAUAGGUGAUGUUAGUGACUGGACUGGAGUAGGUGGUGAUAGAUGGAUGUAUGCACGGGUCUUGCAUCUAGGUCUAUUAGAGGGGUAUGAGCCAUGAGGUAAGGGAUUGAGGGUUGUGUAAUGAUAGACAAUCAUAUUGUGUAAGCUCGGUGGACAGCGGAAUACCAUGGUAGGAGGGGUGGGAAGGAUAGUGGGCAGGACAUUUCUCAUUUCAGGGCAUGACGAGAGGUAAUCUAAACCCUGGCGGAGAAUGUAAUUUAGUUAAUAACAUAUGUGGCUGCUUUCACAAGUGGCUCUGCAUUUGCGUGUAAAUAUUAUUUGGAACCUUUUACACUUAAAUUACCUUAAUCCAUGCAGAAUCACUCUUAAAAACCUGUUAUCAAUAUUAUUUCACAUUAAAUGUUUAAAUUUUGUUGUUGAAAAUCAGGAUGUCAGCAUUUGUUUGGAAAUUUGAUUGUUUUUGAUUGAAAAAUAGCAAUAGAAGUCUGUUUUUGGAAUGAAUGUGUCUAGAGCUUUUAAUCAAAAAUGUACAUUGUCAUACAAUUUGAUCAUUACUGCUAAAUAACAAUUAGAAGGGCUAGUAUGAAAAUGUUACACUUGAAAUAGGAUGCACACUCUUAAGAAUACAGAUGAAGUAUAACUAAAUUUUGUAUUAAGUUUUAAUGAAAAGGCAUAAAUAAUAGUUCUUAAAAUGAAAAAAAAACUGAAAAAUUUAAAACAUAGGUUUAAUUUCUAACUAGUAAUUAACUAUUCAUU